GGGAAGGGGAGGAGCCGCCCGCAGCUGCAGCCUCCGCGUCGAAAGGCCGGAAGCCCCCGGGCGCGGCCGCAGCCUCCAGCCGGCCCUCGCCAUGGCCAAGCGCGAGUCCAGCUCCAGCCCGGUGGUGCGGCAGAUCGACAAGCAGUUCCUGGUGUGCAGCAUCUGCCUGGACCGCUACCACAACCCGAAGGUGCUGCCCUGUCUUCACACCUUCUGCGAGAGGUGUCUGCAGAACUACAUCCCUCCCCAGAGCCUGACCCUGUCCUGCCCCGUCUGCCGCCAGACCUCCAUCCUUCCCGAGAAGGGGGUGGCCGCCCUGCAGAACAACUUCUUCAUCACCAACCUCAUGGAAGUACUCCAGCGCCAGCCAGACAGUGCCGGCCAUGAGGAUGCCAUCGCCAUGCUGGACUCUGCCAGCGCAGUGCCGGGCAAGCCGCUCUCCUGCCCCAAUCACGAGGGGAAGACCAUGGAGUACUACUGCGAGGCCUGUGAGACGGCCAUGUGUCAUGAAUGCACAGUGGGGGAGCACCGGGAACACGUGACUGUGCCUCUGCGGGAUGUGGUGGAGCAGCACAAGGCCUCGCUGCGCCAGCAGUUGGACGCCAUCAAGAGCCGACUGCCACAGCUGGCUGCAGCCGUGGAACUCGUGUCUGGGAUCAGUCAGCAGCUGGCGGAGCGCAAGAACGAUGCCGUGGCAGAGAUCGGGAGCACUUUUACGGAGCUGGAGAAGGCGCUGGGGCAGCGUAAGGGGCUGCUGGUCCGAGAUCUGGAGGCCCUCUGUGGGGCCAAACAAAAGGUGCUGCAGGCCCAGCUGGAAGUCCUGCACCAGGGCCAGGAGAACAUCCUCAGCAGUUGCAGCUUCACCGAGCAGGCCCUAGACCACGGCUCGGAGAUGGAGGUGCUGCUGGUGAAGAAGCAAAUGACCGAGCAGCUGAGUGAGCUGGCCAGUCGAGAGUUCCCUGAGCAGCCCCACGAGAACGCCCAGGUGGACUACGUGGUGGAGACGGAGGGCGUGCGCAAGUCCAUCCUGAAUCUGGGUGUGCUGCUCACCACCAGCGCCAUUGCCCACAAGACGGUGGCGACAGGUGAAGGCCUCCGCCAUGCGGUGGUGGGACAGGCCGCCUCGCUGACCAUCACCACCAAGGACAAGGAUGGGGAGCUGGUACGCAAUGGCAGUGCCUGCCUGCGGGCUGAGGUGGCAGCACCUGACAACUGCGCCCUGGAGCAUGAGGUGCAGGACAACAAGAAUGGCACUUACGAACUGCUCUACACGCCACGCCAAGAAGGCGACCACAUCCUUUCCAUAUGCCUCUAUGGGCAGCCCAUCCGCGGCAGUCCCUUCCGGGUCAAGGCUGUCAAGGCCUCUGAUGUGCCCCCCUCCCCAGAUGAUGUCAAGCGCCGUGUGAAGAGUCCCAGCAGUGGCCAUAUCCGCCAGAAGGCAGUCCGCCGCCCCUCCAGCAUGUACAGCAGUGGCAAGAAGAAGGAGAACCCCAUUGAAGAUGAGCUGAUCUUCCGUGUCGGAAGCCGGGGCCGGGAAAAGGGUGAAUUCACCAACCUGCAGGGAAUCUCCACGUCCAGCAGCGGGCGCAUCGUGGUGGCAGACAGCAACAACCAGUGCGUGCAGGUCUUCUCCAAUGAGGGCCAGUUCAGGCUGCGCUUUGGUGUACGGGGACGUUCUCCCGGACAGCUGCAGCGCCCUACGGGGGUCACAGUGGACCUUAAUGGUGACAUCAUCAUCGCAGAUUAUGACAAUCGCUGGGUCAGCAUCUUCUCUCCUGAGGGCAAAUUCAAGACCAAGAUUGGAGCCGGGCGGCUGAUGGGCCCCAAGGGUGUGGCGGUGGACCGCAACGGGCACAUAAUUGUGGUGGACAACAAGGCAUGCUGCGUCUUCAUCUUCCAAUCUAAUGGGAAGCUAGUAGCCAAGUUUGGGAGCCGUGGCACGUCGGAGCGCCAGUUUGCAGGACCACACUUUGUGGCUGUCAACAACAAGAGUGAAAUUGUGGUGACCGACUUCCAUAACCACUCUGUGAAGGUCUACAGUGCGGAUGGAGAGUUUCUCUUCAAGUUUGGCUCCCACGGCGAGGGGAACGGGCAGUUUAACGCUCCGACGGGCGUGGCUGUGGAUUCCAACGGGAACAUCAUUGUGGCCGACUGGGGGAACAGCCGGAUCCAGGUCUUCGACAGUUCGGGCUCCUUCCUGUCCUACAUCAACACCACAGCGGAUCCCCUCUAUGGGCCACAGGGCUUGGCGCUCACCUCGGACGGACACGUGGUGGUGGCCGACUCGGGCAACCACUGUUUCAAGGCUUACCGCUACCUGCAGUAACCCUGGUGGGGCAGGCUGGAGGGGGGGGCUCUCAGAGUCCCUUCUGGCCCGCCUGCUGGACUAUGCGCUUGGGGGCAGGCUGGCCCUCCACACCAGGUUGGGGGCUCUGGCAGCUGUGUGUGAAGGUGCCAACAGCCACAAUGGCAGCUACGCAGCACCGGGAUGGCUGCCAGGGGGUGGGGGUGGCCCCACAGUCUCCCCAAAAGCUGACCUUUUCCACAGCGAGGGGGGAGACCCUCCCUACGGGCACCAUGCAGCUCUUGCUUUUAUGGC